GCUCGCUAUGGCCAAGUCGCAUAUUUAUUUGCUGAUCGUGUUCCUUUCCUACCUUCUGUAUGAAUCCUUUGCAGAGAGUCAGGAAAGUCUGGAUCGGAAGUUCAACGAAACGCAGGAAAAAUUGAACCUGAUUGAGGAUCAGCAGAAGGUCUUGUUGGAUAACUUGUCCAAACUUGAGAAGUCGCUGGAGCAGAAGGAAACCUCCUGGAAGAAUCUAAUUCCCAGCGACUUUGAGACAAAAAUUGAUAGGAUUGAAAAACUACUUGAAGCUCUACAGCAAAAAUCUGAAAAUAAAAGCGUAUCUCCUCUCUUUCAGCGAAUAGGCUGCAAACUAAUUUACAUCGAACAUAGGGGUUAUCAGACUUGGACUAGCGCGGAAGAACACUGCCGCCAGAUGGGCGGUCACCUGGCCACCAUCCAGAACGAUUAUGACUUCAAUGCAAUCAACAGUCAACUAGAGGAAAGUAUUAGCUACUGGUUGGGAGUCAGCGACAUCGCCAAGGAGGGCGAGUUUGUAUCCAUAGCCUCUGGCAAAAGAUCCCCCUUUUUCAAAUGGAAGGCGGGUCAACCAAACAACUUAGAAAACAAUGAAAAUUGUGUGGAUAUAUAUAAAGGACAUAUGUAUGACAGCAACUGUGAUGAAGAACAAUCAUUUAUUUGCGAAGCUCAUGGUUAUGGAAAGAAUCAGAGUCUUAAAAGCGUUUGCCCGAACAAGUUGCUCGCUAUGGCGAAGUCGCAUAUUUUUUUGCUCAUCGUGUUCCUUUCAUACCAUCUGUAUGAAUCCUUCGCAGAGCGUCGAGAAAGUGGACAAUCCGUAUGCCUACUACACGAUCCCCCAAAUCAAUGUGGGGAGUUUUGCCUUACGGCACUGAAGCCAAUGCUCGAUCACAUAGCUUUCCACCAGAAGGAAUGGAGCACUUGCGAUCAACAGAAACUUAAUGAAACGCAGGACAGAAUUAACCGUAUUGAGGAUCAGCAGAAGGUGCUCUUGGAUAACUUGUCCAAACUGGAUAAGUCACUGGAGCAGAAGGAAAGUUCCUGGAAGAAUCUAAUUCCCAGCGAUUUAGAGACGAAAAUUGAUCGGAUUGAAAAACUACUUGAAGACCUACAGGAAAAAUUUGACAAAAAAAGCGUAUCUCCUCUCUUUCAGCGGAUAGGCUCAAGACUUAUUUACAUUGAAAAUAAAGUGCAUCAGUCUUGGCAUGGCGCAGAAGAAAGCUGCCGCCAGAUGGGCGGUCAUCUGGCCACCAUCCAAAACGAUUAUGAUUUCAAUGCAAUCAACAGCCAACUAGAAAAAAGUGUAAGCUACUGGCUGGGAGUGAGCGACAUCGCUAAGGAGGGCGAGUUCGUGUCCGUGGCCUCCGGCAAAAGAGCCCCCUUUUUCAAAUGGAAGGCGGGUCAACCGAACAACAUAGAAGGCAAAGAUAAUUGUGUGGAUAUAUAUAAUGGAUAUAUGUUUGAUAGCAACUGUGAUGAAGAGGAAGUGUAUAUUUGUGAAGCCGAUGUUUAAUUAAAGCAAAUAAAAUUGAAAUUUUCAGUUUA